GUGCGGGCGGGAGGGGGCGAGGCGGCGCGCCGCGAGAGGAGGCGGCGGCGAGAGGAGGCGGUGGAGCAGCAGGCGCCGCCAUGGCCGCCGCGCUCGCCGACAUGGCCGACCUGGAGGAGCUCUCCCGCCUCAGCCCGCUGCCGUCCGGCAGUCCCGGGCCCGCGGCGCGCGGCCGGGCCGAGCCGCCCGAGGAGGAGGAGGACGACGACGACGACGAGGCGGAGGCGGAGGCGGUGGCCGCGCUGCUGUUGAACGGCGGGGCGGGCGGCGGCGCGGGGGGCGGCGAGGCGGAGACCAUGUCGGAGCCGAGCCCCGAGAGCGCCAGCCAGGCGGGCGGGGACGAGGACGACGACGAGGAGGACGACGAGGACGAGGGCAGCAGCAGCGGCGGCGCCGAGGAGGAGAGCAGCGCCGAGAGCCUGGUGGGCAGCAGCAGCGGCGGCUGCAGCGGCGACGAGACGCGCUCGCUGAGCCCGGGCGCGGCGAGCAGCAGCAGCGGCGAUGGGGACGGGAAGGAGGGCCUGGAGGAGCCCAAGGGACCGCGGGGCGGCCCGGGCGGCCCGGGCAGUGGCGGCGGUAGUAGCAGCAGUAGCGUGGUGUCGAGCGGAGGCGACGAGGGCUACGGCACCGGGGGAGGCGGGAGCAGCGCGACCUCCGGGGGCCGGCGGGGCAGCCUGGAGAUGUCGUCCGACGGGGAGCCGCUGAGCCGGAUGGACUCGGAGGACAGCAUAAGCAGUACUCUAAUGGACGUAGACAGCACAAUUUCCAGUGGGCGUUCAACUCCAGCAAUGAUGAAUGGACAAGGGAGCACUACUUCUUCAAGCAAACACAUUGCCUAUAAUUGUUGUUGGGACCAGUGCCAGGCGUGCUUCAACUCUAGCCCAGACCUGGCAGACCACAUCCGUUCCAUACACGUAGAUGGUCAGCGUGGAGGGGUGUUCGUUUGCUUGUGGAAAGGUUGUAAGGUGUAUAACACCCCGUCAACCAGUCAGAGUUGGUUGCAGCGGCACAUGCUGACACACAGCGGAGACAAACCUUUCAAGUGUGUAGUUGGUGGCUGCAAUGCCAGCUUUGCUUCUCAGGGAGGGCUAGCUCGCCAUGUACCUACACACUUCAGUCAGCAGAAUUCCUCAAAAGUUUCUAGCCAGCCAAAGGCCAAAGAAGAAUCUCCUUCUAAAGCUGGAAUGAACAAGCGGAGGAAACUAAAGAACAAACGACGGCGCUCAUUGCCGCGACCACAUGAUUUCUUCGAUGCACAAACACUGGAUGCCAUAAGACAUCGAGCCAUAUGCUUUAACCUCUCCGCUCAUAUAGAAAGUUUAGGGAAGGGACACAGUGUUGUUUUUCAUAGUACUGUAAUAGCUAAAAGAAAGGAGGAAUCUGGAAAGAUAAAGCUUUUGCUUCAUUGGAUGCCUGAAGACAUUCUGCCAGAUGUAUGGGUGAAUGAAAAUGAACGACAUCAGUUAAAAACUAAAGUAGUUCAUUUAUCAAAGCUACCCAAAGAUACUGCCUUGCUGUUGGACCCAAACAUAUACAGAACAAUGCCACAGAAGAGGUUGAAGAGAACUCUGAUAAGAAAAAUGUUCAAUUUGUAUUUAAGCAAACAGUGAACGACAUUUGCAAUCAACUAAAAAUUCGUCUAUCAAAUUAGGUCUGAGAAUUACUGUUAAAGAGUGUUGCCGUAUGUCUGGUGGCUCCCUUUUCAGCACUAGGGUUUCUCUUGGGGUACAGUGUGUUAAUAUUUACCUACAUAACUACUCUUGUCAAUGGUUUUUGAAAAAAACCUCAAUUUCACAUUUUUUGUAAAAUUUCAUGUUUUCAUUUAACCUGAUUCUUAAUUUUUUUUUUCCUGAGGAAAGCGUUAGUUUUUGAGUUUUUUUAAUGUAAAAAAAAAAUUGUAUUUUUUUUAAAGUAUCUUCAAACUGAAUCUUUUAUGCACCAAAGUUGGUUUUGAAAAGGAAAAUAAAAUCACUUUCUUGCUUGGCAGGCAAGAAGCCAUAUGGAAUUUUUUAAACUUUUACAGAAAUGGAAAUAUGUGUAACUUGUCAGUACUGUAUCAAACAAAUGUUGCAUAGAGAUAAUAGAGCGUUGCUUGUAAAUAAUUGAGCAGAUUUGUAAUAUAUUUUUCUAUUAUGAAAUGUACUGUAGAUGUUUUCUAGCAGCAUGAAAGUCAAUGUAUAUAUUAUGUAGAAAUAAUAUUGAAGGAAAUUGUAACUCACUAGUGCUGCCAGAGGGAUUGCUAACAAAGCACCUUUAAUGAGAGAUGUCUUUGCAGACUGAAGGACUGUGUACUACUGUUAAGUCUAAGAACAAAGCAUUGGACAUCCUUCCAGAAAGUCUUUGAGGGAGGGCCUAGACCCAUAAUGAAGGUUUAUGGCACUCCCCUCUGACAGUGGCUGUGUACUUGUUCCUUACUGUUGGGAGCACCUACUGGAAAGCAUGUGCUGUGCAGUCAGACUGCAGAAAGCACUCCUCACUUGGAGUUCCUACUUCCUACAGUGACAGGAAAACCAGCAGUUUUUACACUAAAUUUUUAAAAGAAUAGACAAAUAUAAAAUUAAGCCUUGGUUCCUAAAUGGGAGAGGUUCCAUAAUGCAUAGAUAAUUUAAUUUGCUUAAAAAAGAAACACCACAUGCACAAAAGGUACUAAAAGUAUGGGAGGCUUCAAGGGGGUAAAGAAAUGAGUCAUUGACCCUGAGGGAUAAGAGGGGAUGCACUGCCGGUGAGGAUGCUCUGGAAAGGCCGUCUAAUGUGCUCUGUAGCAAACAAGAGUCUAUUUUCAAAAGAAGAAAAGCAGUGUGUUCUAUUUUUUUUUCUUUUGCUUAAGCACUUCAUCAUUUGUUUUAUUCUAUAUCUGCGAAGUACUCUGCAAUCUCCUUUGUUCCUUUAAAUUUUUGGUUUGUUAAAACAUUGCCAAAUAGAGUGUUUCAGAUAUAUAGUUUGUACCUGUAUUUUUAUUUUACUGUUUCAUGUUCUUGUAAGUCAUUCUUAAUUGACCGAUGAUUGUAGACCUUGCUUGAGUAUUUUUUCUAAUAAAACAAAGCAAAUCACGCUUAGCUUCAAA